AUGCCCCGCCUUCUCCAUCUGCUCCUGAUCACUGUGACCAUCAUCACUUCGGCUAUAGCCGAGUUCUCGGGCACUAUUAGGCUCUACCGGGACAUCGACUAUCGCCACAACCUUGCGCUGUUCGAAUUCACCAAGUCGAAUCGCUGUUUCAACGUGGCCUGUGGCAACUACAACGACGCGAUUUCGUCGGUCAAGUGGUCAGGACUCCCUACAACAGCCUCAUAUGACGGUAGUUCCAACGCGAAAGUGGUGUUCUAUAUCAACGCGGACUGCAAGGGCAAGAGCAAGAGCUACUCGACUUCACUGUCUGGUGUCAAGUCUUUCGUGGAUGAAGGCAUAAACGACGCAAUCUCCUCCUUCAUGGUGCUGGAGUCGUCUGAAAGUGUUGAAAAUGGGAUUGCCAGCCUGUGCUCGCUGUCGAGAACUUUGAGUGAGCAUACGAACGGAAUAUGA